GUUUCGUCGCCUGCGAACCGGGGUAGUAGUCCCGUAUGAACACUAGGCUUCAGGCAGGCAAAAGUCCGCCAAGAUGAGGCUCCGUUUGGCCGGAGCCGUGCUGCUGUCGGCGGCCGCUUACUACGUCUACCUGCCGUUACCGAGCGGCGUGAGCGAGCCGUGGAAGCUGAUGCUGCUGGACGCGCUGUUCCGGAGCUUCAUGCAGGCGAGUGACGUGGCUCACGCGCUGGGUGUGUGCCACAGGGUGCACCUGUUGAACCGGCUGGUGUCCUGGGUGGAGGAGAUCGAGGCUCGCUCCUGCAGCGCCGUGCACGUGGCCGACUCCACGCUGGGCGGGGUGCCCACGCGAGUCUUCCAGCCGAAGGGGGGGAAGCAGCUGAAGAGGGGAGUCAUAUAUUUCCACGGUGGAGGUUGGGCGCUUGGCAGCGGGAGGAUGCGAUCGUACGACCUUCUUUGUCGGAAAAUGGCGGAGGAGCUGGACUCUGUCAUCAUGUCCGUGGAUUACCGUCUCGCUCCAGAGGCGGUGUUCCCAGAUCAGUACCACGAUGCGUUAGCAGCGUCGCGGGCCUUCCUGUCCCUUCCUGUUUUGGAGCGCUACAGCAUCGAUCCUGAGAGGGUGUGUGUGUCUGGGGACAGCGCCGGGGGAAACCUGGCUGCUGCUGUGGCGCAGGAGCUCGGCUCAGAUGACGGUCUGACAGUGAAGUUUAAGGUCCAGGCGUUGAUCUACCCGGUGCUGCAGGCGCUCGACUUCUACACCCCGUCCUACCAGCAGAACCGGGCCGUGCCCAUCCUCCACAGGCCCGUCAUGGCUCGUUUCUGGCUGCAGUACCUGGGCGCCGACAUGUCCCUGGAGCCCCUCCUGCUCGCCAACAACCACAGCUCCCUGGACCAGCCGGCCAUCAGCGGAAGCACCCGCUCCAAGCUGGACUGGACCGCUUUGCUCCCGGCCGAACGCAGGAAGCACUUUCGUCCGGUUGUGAAAGAGACGGGAUCGCCGGGGGUGAUGGGUAAGGUACCGCAGCUUUUGGACGUGAGGGCGGCCCCGCUGCUGGCGGAACAGGGAGUUCUGGGUAGGACGCCGAAAGCCUACGUGAUGACUUGUGAGUUUGACGUGCUGAGGGACGACGGGUUGAUGUACGUCAGACGCCUGCAGAGCGCCGGCGUCGCGGUGACCAGCGAUCACUACGAGGACGGUUUUCAUGGCUGCAUGGUGUUCGCGUACCUGCCGAUGAAGUCUAGCGUCGGACAGCGGAGCAUGAACAACUACAUCCGCUGGCUGGACCAGAAUCUGUAGACAAACUCGCCGCUCCAGUUCCUCGUCAGCCGGUUGUUCGUGGCACCAAAGACGCACCGGAGCAGAAAGUUUGGUACGUGAGAGCUCCUUGUUAGAUCUGCGAUGAGGAAACACCUCUUUGAUUAUUACAAAUAUGAUCCAUGUUAGAUCUACUGUGUAAGACACCAGACAGGAUAACAUAUCAGCUGCUUUAUCUGCAAACCGAACCAAGAAAUCAAAUUUAAAGGCUCAUGAUAUACUUGCUUUUUACCAACGUGUACGUGCAGACAAGUGAUGUUUCGGUUAUUACCCUCAUAGUGUUUUAAAACAUUCUUGUGGCAGGGCCAAAUCGUUCCUGACAGACACCAGGAAAACUUUCUUGAGAACUUCUGCCACAAUGUGCAUUCAAACGGGCUUUUAAAAGCAAAUAUGUCAAUUCAGUGCAGCCAAACGUCACCGGGUCAAACGGACCACAAAGCAUCUUCACUGAGUCCUGAAACCAAAACAUUUCUAAUCAAAAGGUAAUCAAUGAAAGUGACAAUUUUGCGGAAGGCCAUAAAUCCGAUGCGUUCUUUUGGAAAAUGACAGUGUACUUAAAGAUAAACGUAUGUAAUGGCUUUAAUAUGAGGUCCUCAUCUGAAAAUCCCUCCUACACUGAGGGGGUGUUAUCCGAAGUGGGAAACUAAAAGAGAAAAGUACUGGUACCAAAACAACGAGUCAAGUCAAGCAGAGCCGAACCACACAGUGAAAACAGGACAUUAGUGGACUGGAGCAGGACAACAUCCAACAACUAUUGGGGAAGAUUAAAAAUGUCAGUUAAAGCCAGUGUGCUGAGAAGGAAACUCCAGUAUCUUUUAGUGAAAUGAAGAGCCUUGAAUAUUCUUCCUGAUUACUUUUAAAGGUCAAAGUCACUCAGAAGUUCAUCUUUUAUUCUUUUAUGAUGCACUGAGACGCUGAAACAGUCUGCUCUGCGUGUGCCUGCAUGUGUGUGUGUGCGCGGUAAAAGUAUGCCAAAGUUCACAGCUGUGUAUACUCACUGGAUUGUGCAAUAUUUUGUGUUUCAACGCCGCUCUCUGUAACUUCACCCUCUGAUGACCACUGUACUGCACGGCCAAUGCAAUGAUGAUGGCGAUGAUGAUGUGAAAUGUAUAAAAGAUUUACUGUAUCACCCUGAGAAAAGAAAUCCCAAAUGGACUCUCAUGUCCCCCACCCCCCCCAAUUGCUGCUGGCCCUAAACUAAUAUAAAGAACCGACGACAGCGAGCGUCAGGCAGACUCGUUUUUGGCUUUCGGCCCAAACGACAGCAGAAACACUGAGGCGAGCGUGGUCAUGACUUCACAUUAUCUUCAAUUUCUUUCUCUUUUUUUCUUUUUGGUAUUGUAACACUGGCGUUCAGGAGACUGUGAUUUUCUAGAAAUGAAUCCAUUCCUAACAUGGAUUUUUUUUGUGAGCAAUUACCCCUUUAUACACGCAUUUUAUACACUUUCUAUUAAAGAGUGACUAUGUGUGAUAUCUGUAGUGAAAAUAUAUCAUUUAUAAAUAACAAAUAUAAAUUUAAAACGUAGAUGAGGCAACAGGGAUUACAGAGAAAGACUUUAGAAUGUUGAAAAAGUGGUUGAAAGUGCUGUAACUUUAUCGCUGUAAUGUGAAACGUCACAUUAAAUUCUUUAAUGUUGUAUAAAUAGCUUUUAAUAUAAAGCAGGGGUUAUGCAACAGGUUGUUUCAGAAAGCAGAUAAACGAAACGGGCCCCGAAUGUACUCUGGCAGCACUGAUAAAUCCUAUAAAGUAGCCGUUUUAUUGGCUUGUGACAACUCAAGUUUUAUGUUGGGAGCAGGAUCCCAAUAUUUUCUUUGUUUUGGUUUUUUAAUAAUGUGCUUUAUGUGUGUGGGGGUUUAUUGCAGAGGGGAUUUUUCUGUCGGUUCACAUUACAUUCCUGUUUUUACUGUUAAUACAAGGACGAGAAGUGCGGAGGAGACGUUCAGCAGCACCUGAGGGCUGUGAGCUCUGGCGGCCAUAUUGGAGGUCCUCAGCUUUUAAUAGA